CCCCCCCCCCCCCUCACUGGUGACUACUACUCAGAUGGGUUGUGUUGUCAGUGAUUAUAUCUUUUGCCGGUUCUAAUUCUGAUUGAUAGGUCCAUUUACCUCUAAUCUUGAAGAGCCAGAAAGCGUAAAAUUUUAACUUAAUGAAGAGGACGGAGCUACGAUAAUUAUGACAUCUCCCUAACUCGGCUUGUGAUUGGUCGGCAGAAUUUUGAUGGACGUCAUCAUGUCAUUCGGCAAUGAAUAAAACACGUUUAUCCAAAGUAAAGUGAAAAAUUUGAUCAUAUCUUAUAUUAUAUGCGUACAUGCAAUAAGUUUUUUGUUAUCACGGAAAUUCGCCAGUGACUCGACCAAGUGAGGUUAAGAAACAAUGCUUCUGCUGGAGAGAAAAAAAAAAAUUAAAUUUCAUUAUCCUGUGUUUUUUGCGGAACACUGCAGUGAUUAAGAGGAUAAAGCCAAAUUCUGUGUGUCAAACGAGACUUAGAAACAACUUCAGAAACUAAUCAAUGACACGCGAUAUUCAUUUAUUACGCACAAGUUGAUGAGAAAGCAAGAAGUUGGGAUUUAAGGUAUAAUGCCGUGUAUCGCCGCUAGAUAUUAGUGUAUGUCGUAAACCCUUUUUUCAUAAAGUAGAGAGGAUACGAUGGCGGUGCACAAGACGUGUGUUGACUGUUUGUUUUUGGUAUUAACAUUUACCGUUUGUUUGUAUGUAAACAUCUGUUCGGUGGGGACAGAAGAAGAACGGAGAUGUCAGGAAAUCACGAUCCCGAUGUGUAAGGGCAUUGAAUAUAACCUCACCCACAUGCCCAAUCAGUUUCAUCACAAGACCCAGGAGGAAUCUGGAUUAGAGGUUCACCAAUUCUGGCCUCUCGUGGAAAUUUAUUGCUCACCGGAUCUCCAACUAUUCCUGUGCAGUAUGUAUGCCCCAAAUUGUAUUCCGGAUUAUAAGUACCCUCUACCCGCCUGUCGGUCCGUUUGCGAGAGGGCCAAGUACGGCUGUGCCCCUCUGAUGGCACUGUACGGCUUUGAGUGGCCGGAGAGGAUGAAGUGCGAGAAUCUGCCGGUGUUUGGCAGUGGACAACUGUGUAUGGACCAUAACCAGACGGAGACUACGGCCAGUCCAACGAAAAAGGUACACCAAGUCAAACCAAAGGAACCAAACCAUCCAAAUAUCCACAAACCGAAAACCAACCAAAACCAAAAAGAGCCCAUACCCCUGCCCCGGCCCUACGACCCCACGGACCAAAACCAUGUCAUUCACCCAGUCCAGUUAUGAUCUUCUUACAUUAUUUGAUGGAAU